AUGGAUACCAAGAGUCUAGUUUUCUUGCUUACCAUCACCUCUCUCACGGCCCGUUUAUCGUCAUACCGAGAUUUUCCAUUCCCGAGCUCUAAUCCCAUCGGGCCCACCCGCAGCCCAGAAAUAGAAGGCGAAACUCCCGACUGCUUCGCCGCGCUCUACAAAAUCAAGUCGUGCUCGAACGAGAUACUCAAUUAUUUCGCGACGGGCUCAAUCGACAUUACUCGUCCGUGUUGUGAAGCCAUCACUAUAAUCACCCACAAUUGCUGGCCGACCGUGCUUGGUAUGCUUGGUUACGGGCCGGACCAAAUCUAUGCAUUGAGAGGCUACUGUGAUGCGGUUGCCCACGAGGAACGUGGAUUCGAGCCAACGUCGAGCCCGUUUGGAAUUGGGCAUGUUCUGAGCCCAUAUGCGCAGCCUUCGCCGGCAGACAACUAG